AGAGGUCUACCUCAGCACACGUAAUGCUCCGUUCCUCCUCCACCCCCUUCACCACCAUGCCCUCCCCGUCAUCCUCCUCGACCAAGCCCAUCAAGCGCCCAUCCACGGCCUCCCACGGCGGCAGCCUCCACCAUAGCCUCACCCCGAGCAUCGGCAUCUGUGCCUCCUGCAAGAGCUCGCCGUCUGCCGCCACCCUUGACCUCCUCAUCCUCCUUCUCGUCCUCUUCUCCUGCGCCUUCCUCAUCGUUUCCUCCCUCGCCCACCUCGCCCGCUCCCUCACCGCCGUCCUUCCCCCCGCCCCCGCUUUCUUCGCCCCCUUCCGCGACGCUCCCUACCCUUACCUCGCUGGCCUCCUUCUUUUCCUCGUCGUCUCCCUUGCCGCCGCCCAUCUCUCCUGCCUCCGCCCUUGCCCCCUCCCCUGGUCCUCCCGUCGCCGCUGCGGCAACCCCCGCUGCCGAGGACUCAAGAAGGCCCUCGAGUUCGACGUCCAGCUGCAGACCGAGGAGUGCAUCCGCUCGCCGGACCCCGCGCAAUCCGCCGCAUGGAAGGAGAUCGACGAUCUCCCCUGGAAGGGCGGCCAGCAGGGGAACAAUCCCGACUACGAGUGCCUGCGUGCGGAGCUCAGGAGGAUGGCGCCACCCAACGGCCGAGCCGUGUUGCUCUUCCGCUCCCGAUGCGGAUGCCCUCUGGCGAAGCUGGAGGCCUGGGGACCCAAGCGGGGCCGGCGGCACAAGAAGGUGCCGGCAAACUUGGCCAUCGAGGGAGGAGAUCGGUGAUUACCGCCCAGGACUCGUCCACCACCAUACCCGUUACCUGGUCACAAACUUAUACUCUCAACUCUGAUCAUGUCUAAAUCAAAGACGACCUAAGCAGGGAUUCCUGUCAUCCUAUAAUGUUCAUCCGGCAUAGGAUAUUCUUCAUCCAGAUUGUUGUGGUACAUAAAUCCAUGCAACUUGAUGCAUAAUAAAUUACAUUUGCAGUA